GUGGAGGGCGGCUGCCGCGUGAAGCCUAACUUAUACGACUCUGGCGUCGGUGGCUACCGAUGCCGGGGGCUAUUAUCUGUCGUCGCCGAUUUUUUUCGUCGUCUUGGCUGGCUCCCCGGGUGCGCACGCACGCGCUCUUACGUCGUGUGUUCUUGGAUUUUGGGACUUUGCUCGCAUCAUCGUAUCUGGUCUCCGUCGUGUCGAUCUCCCCCUACUCCUUCAUCCCUAUAUACUACCUUGUCCCCGCUGCCGUUUCUGCUUUUGUUGGCCGGGGACGUAUUCCGCCCGCCGAGGUUCUUCGUUCUCGCUCACCUCCCUCUUGCCAUCCGCCUUCCCCUUUCGCUCCUCCUUCUCUUUCUGCUAUCUGUGCAUUUUUAUUGUGGGCGUCUUGCCGGUGUACGCUGUUGGGCUGCUUCCCGUCUAUAUUAUACAACGUAUACUGCAUACCCAACACUACCCCCCAAUACUGCCCACCCACCGGGAUCUCGCCACUGCCGUUCUCUUCUCGAGGCGGCAGACUGUACAUACAAGAUAUCUGGCGACACCCGGUGGUCUUUCCGCCCCACACCACACCACUACCACGCUCCUUAACUCCCGACCCAGAAUCCAAAUCCCUUGUUGUCCUAGUUCGUAUAUAUACAAGAACGACUUAGAGUCGUGCCUCUCGAUCCCACCGACCCGCCUCGGUUCGUGCCCGGGCUCUCCGUCGUCCGCGGGGGAGAGUCGCUGGGUGCGAUGUGUCCAACAGCUACGUGUUCCCGUUCCGGUUCCUCUUGUCUCCUAUUUCCA